UGUCGGCCCCAUUCACACCUCAACGCGCGUGGACGUCGUCGCCUGCCGUCACCCAACCAACCAACCACACACACUCCCCCCUUCGGCCACACUCACUCACUUACCCACCCAGUCCCGCGGUACCUCGACUAACCACCACGUACAUUUCGAACUAAACAACAGUUAAAUUUUUUUGAUUGUGCAAAAAAGUGCUUCCGAAAUACAGAAAGAGACAUAAACAGAGCGAAAGAGAAACAGACAAAGAGGGAGUGCAAAGAACUAACUGUUAAAUAACGUUGAGAGAAAGAAAUCAAUGCAAAAAUGUGCCAUAACUCGGGCAUCGAAAAAGGCGAGCAGCAGAUUGAACGGUACAUGGCCUUCGGGAUGCCCUCGCGUGCCGUCAAGAGCGUGAAAUACACGAUGCGCAAGCGAGAGAAGCAACAGCAGAAGAAGGAGCAGCAGCAGCUGCGCCAGAGGCAGCUUCAGCAGGAACAAUACCUGGAAGAGCUGGAGCUGAGCAGCAGCAGCAACAGCAGCAAUAAUUACAGCGACAGCGAAGAUAGCGGCACCGAUAGCACCUCUAUGCAGCUGGCCUCAGCAGAGGCAGCGAAAAUGGUUGAAACAAAGCCAGAGGCCGAAUCAGAACCAGAGGCAACAGAGCCAGAAACAGCAGAAACAGUAACAAGCAGCGCUGCAGCAGUGGCUGUGGCAGCGGCAGAGAACCUGACAUUAACAGAGACCCACAACCAAAAGGGCAUCAGCAUGGAUAACAGCAGCAGCAGCAACAACAACAGUGAGAUCUUCAAAAUUCCUAAAAUGUGCGGACGAUUCCGCAAACUGCAGCAGCAGCAGCAACAGCAACCGCAACAGGUGGAGGAUAUUUCAGAGCUGAAAGCACAGCAGCAGCGAAAGCUAAGCUCGUUGGAACCCUCCAUGGAUGAUGCGCUCGCCAUUGGUACCCAAAUGACACGCAAGGUAUCGGAACGGAUCACCUGUCUGGUUGCCCAGCUGCAGGGCAGUCGCCUCUACACAAUACUGACGCGUACCACACAGCCAGCACACUUGAUAGCCGUCUGCAUUUUGGCCUUUGUGAUGAUGACUGUCGGUCGCGACCUUAUCGAGGGUAGCCCCGCAACGACACCAACAACAACAACGACGAGAACUUUGAGCAGCAGCCCAGCCGGAGGAGGAGGCGGUGGAGGUGGCACCCUGCCGAACCUCGUCUAUCUGGGGGCAUUCGCCACUCACUUUGGUUCGCAGAUCUGGAUGACAUUCGUCUCAGGCCUCUCCCUGUACUUCUCCCUGCCGCGCCACAUCUUCGGACAGUGCCAGCAGAUACUGUUCCCCCGGUACUUUGCCUUUAACGCCAUGCUCAGCCUCACGAUGCUGGUGACCUAUGCAAAGUACUUCCUCAGCGGCUGGACGACCGCGUCGGGGAUCCAGGUCGGAUCGCUGGCUCUGGCGGCGGGCAUUGAGGUGGUGGUGCGACUAUAUCUGGUGCCGCCCAUGCUCAAGCUGAUGCACGAGAAGUACAAGAUCGAGGGCGCCAUCGGCAGUGGCCAGGAGGUGGGCAGCCUCGUCCAGGGCGACCUCAUCGACUGUCCGCACUACCAGCGCAUCCACAAGGGCUUCCGUCGUAUCCACAUGACCAUUGCCAUUGGCAACAUGACCGUCAUGCUGGCCACGUGUCUGCAAUUGUAUUUUCUGGCAUCGAAAAUACAUCUUAGCUAGGGCACAGCACACGCUCUGAAGAGAGAGUCUGGCGAGAGGAGAGGAGCUGCGCAAAGCAAAGCGCUCAGCGCCGGAAUAAAAUCUGUUCUGGCAUCCAAGAAUUUAUACAAUUAAUCUUAGAGUCUAGAAUUCAUUUCAAAUCACAAAAACGCACGACCACACUACGCCACGCCAAGCACUCUCUCGAUUGUAUGUUAAAUUUUCAACGAUAAAUUAAAUUCCACAUUCAAAAAUCA